CAGCCUGCUUUCUCCAUUUUCUGUCCCUUGCCUGCUUUUUCCCUCCUACUUUUGCCUGUUUUCGUUCUUUGCUGCUUUUUAACUUCUUCAUCUCUUGCUUUUCCUCUCUUUUUUUACUUUUUUUUAUUCGUUUCCCAAACUCUCCUCCUAGCGUCACAAGCCAAACGCCCAUAAAAGCCCAACGACAUUGCCCUUGUAUUGAGCCUCAGCCUCCCUCGCCUCGAGACAUUCCACGUCGUGUUUCGCAAUCAGACAUUGAUCAACUCUCCGUUUUCACCACGGUCCUACACGCACCCGGCCUCUCUGCUGUUUAUAUCAGCUUCCAGCAGCCGUAACUGGCUUUGCAACGGCGCCUGCCCUGCUGCGACGCUUUCCUCAUCGCCAUCACCCUCGUGCCGCGCGGAGGGGCACGGCCCAACAUAAUGGACUUCUCAGACGGCCGUUCCAAGCGGGACCGCCUCAUGGGCAGGCUCUUUGGUGGCAAGGAGAAGAAAGAAACACAGAUUGAAGCUGCUGCCAAUGUCGACGACUUUCUACGCAACACAUCCGACGACUUGAGCGUUGCCCAUCCCGUGCCGCCCCCGCCUCCAUCAGCCCUGCCGAAGCUCGACACCACCAUUUCACGAUAUCCCCAAGCUCUCGCCGUUAACCAGUCCAUGCCUGUGCAGCAAACCAGUCGCCCUUCUUCGUCAAGCAGGCAAGAGCAGCAACCACCUUCACCACGCAAACCUCGACCAAACAGAAAAGGGCAGCAUGUCACCUUCAUGAACGGGCCUCCAGCCGUUAUAGGCGUGGGAGGUGACGAAUGCGAGUUCCCUGUAAUGGAAAUAGCCAAAUCGAAGCCAAAAAGAUCACCUUCAGCUCCAGCCGGCCCAUUCAAACCAUCGCCAACAAAACGCCGUCCAGCACCCCUCAGCUCAGAACCAUUUACCCAGCCGCCGUUGCGACGAGCCGCGACUGGCAAUGGAGGCGUCUUCUCGCCAGUCUCUCCACCGAUUGGCAGUGAUGAUUCAGCGCCAGAGGUCUCGCCUCUAUCUCCCAUUUCUAUGAAUUUGAUGCCAGCCAGGGACAACGAUACGCUUUUUGUCCCCAAAGGUAGCAAGGAUGACAACCGCAGAUCAUUUAUCGAAAUGCAGUCAGCCCAGAUGCGCCAGGACGAAGGCUUGGCCUUUGCGAAAGCUGUCCGUGUUAAUAGCGUCGCUUACACCGGCAACUGGGAGGAUGGAGCUCCGCCUGGUAUGGGAACUAUGCCCAUAUCACCAGACCCUAAACGUCCACUGCGCGAAUCGCCAGAGUCCAUGUCCCACCAAGCACAUGGUGACGGAAGCCCGUCCGCUUCAAUCCACUCCAACGUUUCUGCCUUGGCUCCUCAGCCUGCACCAUACAGCAGUAAUCCUAUCUCACGACAGACUAGCACCAUUAGCACAAUGUCGCGAGUUGAUAGGGCUGAUGCUGGGCAGCUUCACACGCGGAUGGCCUCGGUAAGACUGCAAGACUCCAUGAAUGCUGCCGGCGGAGACGCUCUUUCAUUAUUUGUAACCAGAACAACACACCUUUAUGAAUUAUUCCGACUCCAUGCCGAGACCGUUCGGUCAAUCCCGAGCUCAUCGCCUAAGGAUGCGUCCCGUGCAUCGCUCUGGUGGUUCCUUCGCGGUAGGAUGGGACUUGAGAUUGCCGUUCGAGAGCGACCCACGACUCCCCAGUCGCAGAUGCAAAACGAAAUGGAUCGCCAACAGGCGUAUACGAACCUAUCCAAGAGCUAUUGGCUGGCGGAAGAAAUGAUUCCAGAGAUCUUGCAGAUCCACGGCGCGGUGGCUGAGCCUGAAGUCGAUGUCGUUCGCCAACAAGUUGUCUCGGCCCUAACAAAGCUUUCCAUGUCCAUGAAGCGAAAUGGCUUUUUGCCCCCCGAAGAAACAUUUUUGCCGCAAACCGUCGACAAAUUUAUAUGGGUAGAGUAUCCUGCAGUCAGUCAAGACAUGCUCGGCCUGUUGUCUGGUAACUGGGGUUCGGGAAUGUCUGCCAUGCAGCAGCCUCUAGUUUCAUUGCAACUUAUGGACGCGCUGCCACUGGGUGAUACCGUUGACCACUUUAGUUACGGCCGAGUCAUGGUCGACGCAUACCUUAUGGAGCAAGGAAGAGAAUCUCAGCAGCUCUACUUCCCUUGCAUGCUCUCCAUGGUCCGUCCCCAGCGUGAUAUGGGACUUAUUUUUGUUCUUGCAAGCCAGAAUGGAAUCGUUCAGAUGGCCAUCCAAGACAGCCGUGGAAGUGGACCUACCUGGAAAGAUAUCCGAUGGCGUAAUGAAGCAUGUUGUUUGGAAAUGAGGUUGCCUCGUGGGUUCAUUCUCAACAUCCAGAUGAGUCAACAAGACUACCGAAUGCUAUGGAACAUGUACGACUUUGGAGCCAAGGUACGAUCUACUUUGCAGCCACGACCAGACGAGGUCAUGGUCUUCCAAAACACUAUCCGCUCCUUCCAGUACAUCGAUGCCGACCCUCAAUCCCGCAUCUUCCCCAAAGAGCCAGUUCAAUUUUGCGAUGUUGCGUUGUUUGAGCGUGUACGCAAGGUGAACGGCCCCUCAGGAAUGCGCACGUUCCAUGCUGGUUGCCGUAUUGCUGCUGUAACUGGUCCGAGAACCAGAACUUUGAGCAGCGUGCACCAUAGCUAUAAUCCCGACAUGCCCAUUCAGUUUGGCUUCUUCCGCGGCGAAGACCAAUGCCCUGCACUAUCCGUUCGCUUCGACAAUGGCCGUCAACGUGGGCGUAUGGUGUUGGUGUUUGGCGACGAGAAGGAGAGAGUGCGAUUCCACUCGCUACUGACGGGUACUGAUCUCGACGCCGACGAACGAAUCUUUUGCAACGUUUUCUUAAAGAGCCAUAUGAUCUCACAGAGUCUACGCGAGCCACGAGGCAUGAUGCCAUUUGCUGGUCUCCCCUGGAACGCAGCGCGUGUUGUCAACGAUCAGCUUGGACCUUCUGGCGACCAGCCAUCUACAGUCCUGGCAGACAAGCUAAAGAUUGUUCUCGAAUAUCAGAGCGGCACAAUUACUGACCGCGUCAACGUCGAUACUGGCGAGCUACGUAUGCGAGUGGAUGCGGCCUAUCCUUGCAUGUUGCGACUGUUGCGCCAACCACAGCACGACAUUACCAUGGCAUGCUUAGAAAUGCCAUCUCCCAACGACCAUCCAUCGCAGAUGGCGGAAGCUUUGCGUCUAAUUAACACCAGCCAAACAAUUCGUACACUCGAGUUUAACACUAUUAAAGACCUUCACGAUUUCCAGUUUGCUAUUACCGGAUACCGAGUCGUCUUUGACGGCGUAGCGUCGCUUUUCGCCAUUGCGCGUCGACGGAGCGUCGUACCCAUUCACAAGAAAUGGGAGGCGGAGAAGACUAGGAUACAGAUCGUGCGCAACGGAGACGGUCAUGUACAGCUCCUCGCAUUCUUUGAAGAUUUUCAGUACGGCCACUGUAUGGGCUUCCAGCUCAAGGGCACGGACGUGUAUGAGUCGUUUAGCAAGAGCAGUAAAGCAGGUAUCAAAAUCGUGGACGCCAAAUUUCCACUGCCGCGACUACCAGAGGACAAGAAUGCCGAUUUUGACGAUAUGGCGUUUGUUUGCCUUGAUUUGCCGGAUUUGCCUGGAGAGCACGACGAUAUUUCUAUUUUUUUCGACACAGAGGCUGAACGCGAUAUGCUUUGCGGUUGUCUCCCAGCAGAUGUCAAGGGAGCGUCUCGCCUUGGAGCACGAUUACUGAAGAACAACUCGGGUUAGACACGGCGCCUUUUGAUUUGCUGAAAAGAAUGUUCAGCAGAGGCAAGCCUGUGUGUGCCAUAUCAUGGGGGAAUAAGAGGCUAUCCAUUAUAGUGGGAUGUAGCAGGAUCGUAUUUAACAGACAUAUAACAAACAACUACAAUGGCAUGGGAUAUCACGAGCGUUGAUUAAAAAUAUGGAAAAAUAGCAUUUUGAUAGAAAGAGAAUCCAAGAAGUGCAUAAUUUAU